AUGCUUCAUAACCAAACACCAGACCCUAUGCAUGCCUACAGAGCCAAGAGGGACAGAGAAAGGAGAACCGUGUUGAAGGCGUACAAAAUACUGGGGUUCAUAUCCUCCGGAACCUAUGGUAGAGUUUACAAAGCUAUACUGCUAGGACCUCCUCAUCCUACCAAAUCCUCCACUUUACCUUCAUCAACCAGAGCAGCGUUAUCACUUUCCAAAGGUCCUAGUCCUGUCUCACCCAGUACUUCCACUUCCAGUUCAGCAAUCUCGGCAGUUAACGACGCUUUGAACAAUCCUGAAUUACGUAUGCGACCAGGUGAUUUGAAGGCAAAAGAAGGAGAUGUAUUCGCUAUCAAAAAGUUUAAACCGGAUAAGGAAGGGGACGUUCAGAUGUACGCUGGGAUAAGUCAAAGUGGUAUUAGAGAGAUCAUGUUGAAUAGAGAAUUACGACAUAGAAAUUUAGUCUCAUUGAGAGAAGUCAUUUUGGAAGAUAAAGCUAUUUAUAUGGUAUUUGAAUAUGCUGAACAUGAUUUUCUUCAAAUAAUCCAUCAUCACUCUCAAACCGUCCGUACCCCUAUCCCAUCAUCAACCCUCCGUAGACUCCUUCAUCAACUCCUCUGCGGAGUUCAUUUCCUUCAUUCAAACUUCGUCCUUCACCGAGACCUGAAACCAGCCAACAUAUUGGUCACUUCUGCCGGAGUUGUGAAGAUUGGCGAUUUGGGUUUGGCUAGAUUAUGGCAUAGACCAUUGGCACAGGGAGGUUUGUUUGGUGGGGAUAAAGUUGUGGUUACUAUUUGGUAUAGAGCGCCUGAAUUGAUUUUGGGAGCUAAACAUUAUACUGCUGCUGUUGUAGACCUUUGGGCUAUAGGUUGUAUCUAUGCCGAAUUACUUUCCUUGAGACCGAUUUUCAAAGGUGACGAAGCUAAGUUGGAUGGUAAAAAAGCAUUACCUUUUCAGAGAGAUCAGAUGGGUAAGAUCUGCGAGGUUUUGGGGCCGGUGAAUGAUACACAUUGGCCAGGUAUCGUCAAUAUGCCCGAAUGGAAGACUUACCUGACUUCUGGUCCCUACACCACCCCAACUCCACUUCCUACAUGGUACUCCUCACGAUCUGGUUCCGCACAAGGAUACGACCUCUUAUGCAAGUUAUUCGAAUGGGAUCCCGCCAAACGUUUGACAGCUAAAGAGGCACUGAGACAUUCUUGGUUUGCCGAGGAAGGUGGUGUUGACGUGCCGAGCGUAUUUCAAGGUAGUAAUGUCAAUUACCCAUCACGGCGAGUUACACAUGAAGAUAAUGGGGAUGUCAAGAUGGGAUCACUCCCCCCUUCCCUCGCAGGCCCGCGGUUACCAGCAAGCACCAACUUCCGUUCCACCUCAGCGGUGGGAGUACCUCCUAAACGUACUCGCUUACGUUGA